GCUGCGCAAAUAAUCUUUGUGGAAAUAAUUAUCACGAUUUAUGUUAUUCAUAAAUGUGAAGAGAAUCAUUAAUGAGAACAUGCCAAGUAGCGGCGAUUAGAGUGAUAAACGGGUCCUGUAGUGUUCCCGGUUACACUUCGAAUGAGUGAAAGUCGUGCUCGGUACGGGACGUCUUCAUCCCGAAAAUAACAAUGGCCGGAGGAUUCGAAUAUGCAUGGAUUUUUAAAAUGCCAAGCUUGCUACCCUGGCAACCUACACACAUUUUCCUGACCCUUUUUUAUUACAUGUGUCAAUUAGCAUCGAAUGGAUUUGGCAGAAACUAUGAAAAAUAUUGUUGCCAAAGGUAUGCAAACCGAAAUGGGACCACCAGGCGGAGGAUCAGGUUAUCCUGGAACACCAAGUGCUGGUUAUGUUACUGAGAAAAUGUAUAUGUUAUUACAAGCCUAUCUUCAAAACAAAGGUUGGAAUCCAAGUAUCGAACUGCUGCAAUGCUUUUCUGAAUUUAAAGAUGCAUCUAUGAUUCCAAGUGCUGCCUAUUUGCAGAUGAUGGCAUCAAGAAUUGCUCUGGAUUCUCAGGGAAGAUUAGUUCUUAGGGAAAAUGGAAAAAUAAUAUUGCCAUAUGAACAUUUUGCAAAUGCUGUGAUGUUAAAGCAUAUGAAUGGUCCACAUGGCCUACAUUUAGGCUUGGAAGGGACAGUUAGAGCUGUUAUGGAAUCAUAUACUAUUGGACGAGAAUGUUUUGGUAUGGAAAAAGAAUUUAUAAUAGAAGUGGUACAAAAUUGUCCAAAUCCUGCUUGUCGUUAUUACAAAAAUCAACUUGAAUUAACUCAAAAAAUGGGACAUAUGGCACCAACUUAUAUUCAGGAAAAUGAAACAACAGCUUCUCUUUUACGUAGUAGUUUUCCUCAUAAUACAGAUUUUCAAGCAACAUUAAGCACUGCUAAUCCAAAUACUCAUAUGGGAGGAUCAACAGCAGAUUUGACUGAAAUAAGAAGUGCUGGAAACCAAAUAAAUCUUCAACGUCCUCCAAGCCGUCCAUCAUUAAAUAUUCCACAUCGACCUGUAUCACAAGAAAAAAAAACCACUGGCAAGCAACAUUAUGAAUCUUUAGUACCUAAUAUUCCAAUAUCUGAUCAUAAAUUAACAGACUUCUUAAGAACGAAUUUGGAUAAUUUGGAUAAUCUCAGUGGACUUGGUUUGGGAAAUUUACAAGGAAUAGGAAAUGCAAAUAAAGAUUUAUUAGCUUUACAUAAUGGAGCUUGGCCAUUGGAAAAUGAGAAAGGAUCUCGGGCAUCUUCAAAUUCAGAAGGAGGACAAGAAAAAAUCGUAAGAGCUUUUGCAGAAGUUAUGAAAAAUAUGGCAAGAAUGAAAGCUUGUGUACGUCCUGCAAUGUGCAAACCAUAUGGAAAACAAUCAGAAGCUUUACAAAAAACAUUGGUGGAUACAAUACAGCUUGUACAGUCGUUAAGAAGUUUUCUGCCACCUCCACAUAUUCCUGUUUCAAGCUGGAAAAAUGAAGAUAAACAUCGAUUAGAUCAUACGGGUACUCCUUAUCUCCCAUCGUUAAAGACUGGAGGUUUAGAAGAGUUAUGCGAACAACGCAAGUUAGACUAAACAUAUGUCUUCGCUUUUUAAGCGGCAGACUAAGUUUUGUCUUUGCGCUCUAUGAUGUUCUAGUCAUGUGGUGUUUAUGGGUUAGAUGGGUGUUUUAUAUUUAAACAACCCGAAGGAUUGCUCAAAUGUUGUUGGCGUUUAGGACUUCAAAAUACUAAGAGACAAAACGAGUCAUGCGUGGACUGUGAUAAACGUGGGUAGUGAAAAUAAAUUUAUAUAUAGUCAAUCGAAAUUCACAUCGUUAUUUCAUAUUCAAAUUAAUUUUAUUUCAUUGCUUUAAGUUUUUUGUGAAUUUUUAUAAUCUGCCUAUGGAGCUUAUUUAAAUUAUAAUUGUGGUGCAAGAUAGUUUUGAAUUAUCUACCUUAUAAUAAAUAAUUUACAUAUUAUGAAUAUGUAUUAUAAAAUGGCAUUUAUAUUUUAUUGUUGUGCAUUGAUUUAAUAUCUCACCACUUGUGUUCCAAUGAUACCUGAUCAACAUUAUUAUGAAGAUGUUUUUUGUUAUAUGAAUAAAUUUUAUGUAUGUAUUGGAAGUUUACAUAAACUAUAAAGAUUAAAUUUAGUCUUGCAUAUAAAUAUAAAAGAUUUACUAAUUAAACAUUGUUAUAAAUACUCCAAAUAUGAGAGUAUAUAUAAGCAAUCAUAAUUCUUGUUGUUGACUUCGCAUUAUUUAAUUUUUGAAUAUUUAUUACAUAAAUUAUAAGAUAUUGUUUUGAUUUAAAUGAAAUGAAUUAACAAAAAUUAUCCAGUUAAAAUAAAUAUUUAAUUACUAUAUAUACGUAUAUAUAUAGUUUUUUAAAAAUUGCUCUGUAUAAAUUAUUGUUUAUUUGUAAAAAUAGAUCAAACAUAUAUUGUUGUUAUGUCUAGUAUUAUUAUCUGUCAAGUUAAUGUUAAAACUUACAAUAAUUUAUAAGCUUCAUAGGCAGUAACAUGCGGUGUGCACAUGUAAAAAACGAAAUCAUUGGUCAAUUUAUAGAUAUUUUUCAAUAAAUAAAUUAUUUCAUUAUUAUAUACAAUUAAAAAAAGAAAAGAAUAAAGAAUUACAUUAUUAAAAAAUGUUUGUAGCGUAAUUUGCACCAAUGCUCAAAAUUUUCUCUCUGUGCACUGAUAUUACUUAUAAAUGUUAUUAUCUUUGAUAAUCGCGAAAUGCGUAAUAAACUAAGAAAAGAAAAAGAGAGAAAAAGAAAGAAAAAAAAAUAUUAUGCGUUAUUUCAAUCGAAAUUUUUCGAUAAAAUGCAUUUUAUUUUGGUUGUAGAAAUAAAAUCGUUUUAAAUUCAAUUGUUAUACGCAUAUCUGCGAUGGUAAAAUGUUUCCUUCUUGCUCGAUAAUAUCAAAAUAUUGAACUCUAUUUCUGAAUAUAAACAGUAAAUUUGUGUAAGGAAUGUGUGUAAAAUGGAUAAAUGCUUGAAUCUUGUUAUAUACAGGUUCGAUGAUUGUAAAGUUUCGGCUAUCAAAUAGCAAAAUUUUAUAUGAACGUGUGUGAAUGUGUGUUUUUGUUUAAAUAUCUUUCUAUAAACGUGUCUGUUAUAAAACGCAUAUAUAUUUAUUUAUAACAUCUUCAGCAAUUAUAAUGAUCAAUUGUUAACAGGGCUCAAAUUUCUGUGAUUAGCAAUUUAUACCUAUCUGUAUAUGUAUAGUAUUAUUUCUUUUUAAAUUUUUUCUCAUAAUUUAAAUUUUCUUA